CGGGGCGUGAGUGUGCACGGAUACAUACUACUGUCUCCAAUCAUCCCUAAUGAUGAUCACAUCAGUGCUAGCAGAAGGAAAAGAGCUUGUGUCAUUGUUGACAAACAAGAUCAAGAAUGAUUGGUCGUGUUGUCAGUGUGACUCUGUUCGUGUUCUCUGAUGAUCAGAUUCAGUUACUGUAGCUCUUCUUCUGUGUGUCACAUCAAGUUACACACUACUGUACUUUUUUAGUGGUCUGACAAAACAACAACAACACCUUACAACGUCGUUGUGAUAGAAAAGGAAAUAUGGGCACAAAGGUGAAAAUACAAAAUUAGAAGGAAACCGGAAACCACACUGUAUGAGCUGGUUUAUCAUUAGCUGAUCAUCAGUAGUGAAUGUCAAGAUUCUGCUGCACAAUUAUUGGAAAAUUUCUAUAAAGACUCAUAGAAAUGUGUAGAAAAAAUGCUUGACAGUUUAUGAAAACUAUAACGACCAUUUUUCAUUGAAUUGCUUAUACGAUGAAGUAAAGACUAGAUGUUUUGAGGGCUAAGACUGAAGCACAGAAAACUAUAGAAUACAUUUUGAUCAACAUGACUUUAGCAACUUAUAAUGUAGGAAACUAAUUAAUGUACAUAAUCCACCACAAGAACGUAAUAAAGCAAUCAACUCUCGCUUAACGGAUGAUAAACCUUUGUGAUUUGACUUGGUUUACUCUUGAUCAUCAGUGAAUAUGAGCAGUAUGUGAAAGCUGGAUCUCAGCAGAAGAUAUUUCAUGAACAAUAUCAUAAACCACACAGUUACACUUUAGAUGAGGGAACACAAGUCACUAUGAACCAUUUGCUUAUCAGUAUGUUUGCUAGUAUUUAAGCACAUAUUAAUGUCUUAUUCUGUAUGAUUACCAUUUCUUUCUUUUUUUCUUUAAGCAACAAACAAGAAAAAAGGAAAAUGUGCAUAAAUAAGAUGUUUAUUUGGUAUUUAAUAGGCCAACCUGGCUUUUGGCUAGAUUCAUUACAAACAUUUUAUUUGAUUAUUUAUAGAUUUACAUCUAUAUUUUUUUACUUGAGCCAAUGAAAAUACAUAACUAUUGUUAAUAAAUUAAUAACUAAGUAAAAAAAUAUAGAUGUUAAUUAUUACCCUAUUUUUUUUUCUUCCAGAAACAUCGGCGCCGAUCGCGUAUUUUAAACAAAAACAGUCCGGUUCCGAUUUAUGGCCGGUCAACCGGUGCAUCCCUAAACCUCUGAGACCUCUGGGUUCAUUGUGAAUAGUGUUUCUUCAUCUAAAGAUUUACUAAACACAAAGAUACAAACUAUCAGAAGUAUGGAAAGUAUUUUAAAUCAAUAUCAAUAAAUGUGAAAGUUUUAAGAUUCAGUCUUGUCUCCAGAUUGCAGUGAAAAUUGUUUUUUGAAAUUGUUAAUCAGACUGGUUUUCAUUUUUAUGAUUGAAUUGAUUAAUUUAAAAUGGUCAGAAAACAGCUUCCACACAGAAGAGCUGAGAUGAAGCUCCUCAGCAGGAUCAGUUCAGUUAUUAUUGUGUCUUAACAAAUAGACUCAUCAGGGAAGGACUAAUUAAAAUGAAAAGACAUUUCACAGGUUGGUAACUUGAGCGCUCAGGUGUAAAUGCACUGCAGUGUGCUUCAUUUAGAGUUAAUCAUUGCUCAUAGUCACAUGGCAUGUUUUAUUACAUUUGCAGCUAUAAAUACUAUAAAAGUGUGAGGGAUGAGCCGUCUGUGAUGAAGAUCACAGUUUCUUCUGCUGGAUUUGUUGCUUUCAAGUUUAAGAAGAGAAAGAAAGUUGUUGGGGGAAAAUUGGCAAAACAUACACCGAUAACUGGACACAAAAUAUUGAUUUGAGUUCAAAUACCUUAUGAACUCACCUGUAAUAAACUCAAAACAUCUGGUAGAAAACCAGGUCCUUGCAGUGUGUUUACAGUCGUGACGGUCAUGUGACGGUCAGAUGGUGUUUGUCUGUGUUCUGCAGACGAGCGUCAGACGGUCAGAUGGUGUUUGUCUGUGUUCUGGAGCAUCAGACGGUCAGAUGGUGUUUGUCUGUGUUCUGCAGACGAGCGUCAGACGGUCAGAUGGUGUUUGUCUGUGUUCUGGAGCAUCAGACGGUCAGAUGGUGUUUGUCUGUGUUCUGCAGACGAGCAUCAGACGGUCAGAUGGUGUUUGUCUGUUUUCUGGAGCUUCAGACGGUCAGAUGGUGUUUGUCUGUUUUCUGCAGACGAGCGUCAGACGGUCAGAUGGUGUUUGUCUGUGUUCUGCAGACGAGCAUCAGACGGUCAGAUGGUGUUUGUCUGUGUUCUGCAGACGAGCGUCAGACGGUCAGAUGGUGUUUGUCUGUGUUCUGCAGACGAGCGUCAGACGGUCAGAUGGUGUUUGUCUGUGUUCUGCAGACGAGCAUCAGACGGUCAGAUGGUGUUUGUCUGUGUUCUGCAGACGAGCGUCAGACGGUCAGAUGGUGUUUGUCUGUGUUCUGCAGACGAGCGUCAGACGGUCAGAUGGUGUUUGUCUGUGUUCUGCAGACGAGCAUCAGACGGUCAGAUGGUGUUUGUCUGUGUUCUGGAGCAUCAGACGGUCAGAUGGUGUUUGUUUUCUGCAGACGAGCAUCAGACGGUCAGAUGGUGUUUGUCUGUGUUCUGCAGACGAGCAUCAGAUGUCAGAUGGUGUUUGUCUGUUUUCUGCAGACGAGCAUCAGACGGUCAGAUGGUGUUUGUCUGUUUUCUGCAGAAGAGCAUCAGACGGUCAGAUGGUGUUUGUCUGUUUUCUGGAGCAUCAGACGGUCAGAUGGUGUUUGUCUGUGUUCUGCAGACGAGCGUCAGACGGUCAGAUGGUGUUUGUCUGUUUUCUGCAGACGAGCAUCAGACGGUCAGAUGGUGUUUGUCUGUGUUCUGCAGACGAGCAUCAGACGGUCAGAUGGUGUUUGUCUGUUUUCUGCAGACGAGCAUCAGACGUCAGAUGGUGUUUGUUUUCUGCAGACGAGCAUCAGACGGUCAGAUGGUGUUUGUCUGUUUUCUGGAGCGUGAGACGGUCAGAUGGUGUUUGUCUGUUUUCUGCAGACGAGCGUC